GCAUAUUAUUGUCAAAAUAUACAAAAGUGGGUCGGAAAUUCACUUUAGUGAUUGUUUCAGAAAUAAUAAACAUAAUUCGUUUGAUUAAUCGAUAAAGGAGUCAACCGUGAUAUUGGCUAGUUGGGUCAAGUUGUGAGAUGGAUUUACAAAUAGCCAUUGGUUGAUGUCAUCUCCCUCUAUAGCAUUUUUGUUAUAGCAGAAGCAAGUAGGAGUGCAUGCAAGAGCACUCCUACUUUUUCUUACCUACUGUAAAUAGACCGGCGAUAAUAAAAAAUGGUUUUUGAAAGUGUAUUAACUCAGGUAUUAAACCGCUUUCUUGGUGCCUAUGUAGAGAAUUUGGAUACAAAUCAACUAAGAGUGGGAAUAUGGGGAGGCGACGUCGAGUUGAAGGAUUUGGUCUUGAAGCAGUCCGCUUUAGACGACUUGGACCUCCCUAUUCAGACUAUCUAUGGUAGAAUAGGGAAGCUUGUUUUGAAAAUUCCAUGGAAGAAUUUAUAUGGGGCUGCUAUUGUUAUAAACAUUGAAGAUAUCUACCUGCUUGCGGCCCCAAAUCAACAAGUUGUCUACAAUGAAGAGAAAGAAGAUAUCAAAAAGUCUGAAGCCAAGAAGAGAGAGAUUCUUAAAGUUGAAUUAGCUAAAAAACAAGAAGCUGAUAAGGACAAACCUAAACCUGAUAAUACAUUUGUGGAGAAACUAAUAACACAAGUCAUCAAAAAUAUCCAAUUAAAUAUCAAAAAUAUUCAUAUUCGGUAUGAAGACAAGGUUACAAGUCCUGCACCAUUUGCGCUAGGUAUCACUUUGAGUGAUUUACAUGUCGUCAGCACUGAUGAGAAUUGGAAACCUGCUAUAACAAAAGAAGAUAUUACUAAAAUUUUUAAAAUUGUUACAUUGGAUGGUUUAGCUGUUUAUUGGAAUUCAAAUACAGCUUGUUAUGAUAGACUUCCUAAAGUCGAUUUGUUACAUAAAAUGUGUACAGAAAUUGCAUCAAAAAAUAAUACACCCAUUAACUACACGUAUGUUUUGGGACCAAUCAAUGCCUCGGCUCGCCUCCGCAUCAACCAACGCCCCGAACUCGACAAACCCGCAUUUAGCAUCCCAAAAAUCCACCUAAAUCUCGACAUGGAGCGACUUUUUGUCGGAAUUACCAAAGCGCAAUAUCGCGAUAUUAUAGCUCUUGGUGAUUCUAUGGAUCGCAUGAUGAAGGGAAUUCCCUACCGCAAAUUUCGUCCUAACGUCUCUUCCUAUAAAAACCACUAUAAAAUGUGGUGGCAUUUCGCAUAUAACUGUGUUUUGGAAAGCGAAGUCAGAAGAAAGAGACGCAAUUGGGAUUGGAACCACAUUUGUAAACAUCGGGAUUUGUGUCGGGAAUAUGGGAUCCUGUACGAGAAAAAAUUGCAAAAUAAUGCUACGAAUGAUGAAUUGAGUCGUAUCGAAGAGUGUGAGAAAGUUAUCGAUGUUUUCAAUAUUGUUAUUAUAAGACAGAGGGUUGAGUUUGAGAAUGAAAGACGGGUGAAGAGUAAAGGGCCAGAUAAGGGUUGGUUUGGGUGGAUGUGGGGGAGUAAAACGUCUAUAGAUAUGGAUAAUCUUCAGUCCGAAAGUGGCAUCGAAAUCAGAAAACAGUUCCAAAAUGCUAUGACCAAAGACGAGAAAGAACGCUUGUAUAAAGCCAUAGGUUAUCAGGAAAAUGCUUUACCGUCUGAGUUCCCCGAGGCUUACGUUGAUAACUCUUGCACUUUUAUUCUACGAACGCUUGAAGUAGAAUUAAGUGACGACACAGGAAACGUCACAAGAGUUGUUUUUACUGAACUCAAAGGUGUAAAGUGUCGGGUGGACACUAGAGCUGCGGCUAACGCCUUAAAGGUUCACGUCAAAAUCGACGAAUUCCAAACUUUUGGCCUCCAACAAGACGACUUUUUGCCAAAAAUAAUCACCUCAGAAACCGGGAAAGACGACAGCGGGUUACUUCAAGUCCUCUUUGAGACAAACCCUCUUGAUAAAAAAUGCGGUCAAAGACUCCAUGUCACCUCCCAACCUCUUAAAAUCAUUUACGACGCAGAAACUGUCUUAAAAGCCAUUGAAAUUUUUAAAGUUCCCUCUUCUUCAGCUCUAGACCAGAUAUCGGCAGCGGCUGAUUCUGGUCUUUCUAAUAUGAAAGAAAUGACUUCUAGUGGCCUCCAGCAUGCUAUUGACACUCACGUUCAUCUCGAUCUCAAAGUCGACUUUCGCGCCCCCUAUAUUAUAAUCCCUUACGGAGGGAAAUAUACCGAAAAUGAAAAUGUCCUAGUUGUUAAUUUGGGUAACUUCAAAAUGCACUCACUAGAUCGGCCACCAAGGAGAGAUGUGAGACAGAUGUAUGCCGAAGGGUGCGAUGAGAAGGAAAUUCUGAAACAACUCAUGGCUCAAAGUUACGAUCAAUUCGCACUCGAAUUGACUCGAGUGCAAAUUUUAAUCGCUCAAAGUGAUGAAGAUUGGAAAAUUCACGUGAAUGAAGUGAAAACCAGCGACAUGCACAUUUUAGAACCAAUUAAUUUGAAAGUCAAUCUCGCGACUUGCAUGAUCACUGAUGAUCCUAAGUUGCCACACAUGAAAAUUUCAGGGGAAUUACCCUCGAUCAUUGUUAAUGUUUCUGAUGCUCGAUUGUUACUACUUAUGGCGUUGGGGAAUAGCAUUCCUCUACCCAAGAGUGAAGUUUCAGAGCCUACACCUCUAGCAAAAGUUGAAAAGCGUGAUUCGAGUAUGAUGUUGAAAUAUCUGGAAAUGCAAGAGAAAGCGUCUAAAACGCGUGAUUUACUUCCCUCCAAAGCGAAGAAAAAUGAUGGUCAGUUGGUCCAGUUUACGACACUAGAGAUGCAUUUUGCAAUGUCUGAAUUGUUACUCAAUGUGAAGCAUCAAACCGAUAUCUCGUCCUCCAUCACAAACAUCGCUUGUUUCAGUGUUAAAUCACUCGAAUUAGGUUUAAUUCAACAAACCUAUAAUACAAAAAUCACUCUAGAUUUAGGUGGUAUCGGUCUAGUGCAAACACUAAAUGAUACACAAAUCAAAAUGAUAAGUUCGCCGACUUUUGAGGAGGGUGAACAAUAUCUCUUCCAGAUUAAAAUCACUCAAGUUAAUAAAAAUUCACCCGAGUUUCACUCAACUUAUAAGUCGUGUGAAACUAGUCUCGUGUUGGAGUUUGCAAAACUGGGAAUUAUUUUACAUAAAGAAGGUUUGUUGGGUUUGAUUCAGUUUGCAACGAACUUGCAGACUGAAAUUGAUGAUAUAUGGGGUAGUAGACCGCUUGAGAGGGUCGGUUCAACUCAUACGCCGACUUUUAAGAGCCAAUUAUCGACAAUAAGUGAAGGAUUGGGGACACAAUUGGUCUCUCAAGAGAGAAAAAAGAAACACAAGGAAACCAAUAUUGUUGUUGAGACAAUUAAGUUUAAAUUAUCAUCGACUCUGCAAGAGGUCAAUGUUGAAUUUGCGACUGAGUAUGAAAGAAUUUCAUUUUGGGCUCUUAAGGGCGUGCAUGCGAAUAUCAUCGUCAAGGAGCCUUAUACACAAAUCAACGCCAACUUGAAUCAAAUUGUUGUGGUCGAUUUGAAUCCGAAAACGAUUCAUAAUUUGAUUUUGACUGUUGAAGGGACCGAAGCUUUGGCAGCACGAAUCGUAUUAUACAAUCACGACAAAAUGGCCGAAAGUGAAAAAUCUGAUAUCUCAGUCGACUUGACAAUGGGUGGUCUGAGGAUAAUCUUUCUCAAUUGGUUUGUGACUCGAAUGUUAGACUUUUUGAACGAAUUCCAAAUGGCCCAAGCUGCUAUAAUCGAAGCGUCUCAAGCGGCGGCGAAAAGUGCCAAAGAAAAUAUGCAAAAUGCUUACGAAAAAGCGACGAAAUUAUCACUUAAUAUUAAUGUCAAAGCUCCCGAUAUUAUAAUCCCCGAAAAUUCAAAAAGUUACGACGCUGUUUUGCUCGAUUUGGGUCACAUUUCUAUUUCGAAUCAAUUCUUGACUUUGGAUAUCAGAAACGAACAGAAUUUUUCGGCUGUUAUCGACGAAAUGAAACUCAGUCUUACUGACAUGAAGAUGUCACGUAUUAAAUUGACCACUAGUGACGAAAUAGAUAAAGAAUUGACACUUUUGGUACCUUUGACGUUUAAAUUGACCAUUAAGAGGAAUUUAUCGACGUCGUGGUACAAGGCUGUGCCCGAUAUAGAUAUUACAGGUCGCAUAUUUUCCAUCACGAUUCUCUUAAGCCAGCUUGAUUACAAAACACUUAUGAGUGUCCUCAAUGGUAACUUGAGUGAAGGACAGAAAAAGCUCCCGCCAAAACAACCUCUUAAAGAAACAAUUGAAGGAACGAAGAAAGCCUCUGACGAUAAAACCUCAAUCACGGUUCACGAAAAACUAUCGCAUUACGAGGGCGAGAAGGAGACAAAAAUCAACACUUUCUUGCGAUUGACUUUUACUAUGGAUAAUCUCGUGAUAACACUAUUCACUGGUGGUUCAAAAGCGUUGUCUAUUGAUUCGCCAGCUCAUGACGAACGCCACGCCUUGGGCCGCUUCUCAUUGGAGGGAAUUUCAGUUAAAGUUAGAAUGUUGACUGAUGGUUCAAUGAUUGCAUCGUUUUUGCUUCUCAAUUGUCUACUUGAUGAUAUGAGGUUGGGACGUGAAGGGAAGUUGAAUCGGCUUAUACAGAGAAGUCAUCAAUUUGGGGAAGCACAGUCGGUUAGUUCGGUUUCACUUUCUGAAACUGCAGCAUCGAAAAGUAUGAUUGAUAUUGUUGUCCAAAUGAAAGAUAAAGAUAUUUUUACCGAUGUGAGGGUCUAUAGCUUUACUCUGAUUUUAUCGAUGGAUUUUCUUAUGAAAAUUGCUGACUUUUUGACGGUUCCGCAAGAGGAAGUUAAAGAGCCGCCGAAGUUUAGUAAGAGUAAUACUUCAACGAAAUCGUCCAUUUCUGCGGGAAUGACCGAAAUGGAAGAAAAAGCAUCCCAAAUUACCCUAAAUUUGAAGAUUGAGAAAUCUGAUAUUGUGUUGGUUGAACAUAUGGACAGUAUUGACACACAAGCCAUGUUUUUAAAUAGCGAAGUAGUAAUGAAACUGCGUAUGUCUGGUGAGCAUCAAGUCAUAAACGGUUCGAUUAAAGAUUUACAAUUGUUCACUUGUAAUUACAAUCAAUUGAAAAGAAUUGACACCAAAAGUAACGUUUUGCAUCCUGUUACGAUAAGUCUAGCAGGAUCAACGCCUGAAAAUAAAGGAUUACAUCUCGAGCUUUUAGUAACCGAUAUUCAGCUUUGUGUUUCACCUGCCACUAUAGAAUUGUUGAGUAGAGUAACAGCAACUGCGACUGGAAGUAGUACUGAACGAACAAGUGACGAUGAAGAAUUACAAGACCAUUCUGAUGCUUGGGAUCACAAAGUUUUUGAGGUUGAAGAUUACUGGUUCUUUAGAAAUGAUGAGGCAGUUGAGGCGACAGAAACUUUGAGCCUUGUAUCGACUACGCCUCCCAAACCUCCCAGCAAAACGCAAGAAAUGUGCAUAAUCUCCAUGCCUUCCAUCAUCCUAACAAUCGAAGCAGGCGUCGGUAGCAAAACUUUCCCCAUGUUAGUCCUUGAAAGCAGUCUGAAAGGCCAUGUCAACAACUGGAGUUCGCAAAUGAGCGUCGAAGCCAGUUUAACUCUCCAAAUGAACUACUAUAACAGUCGUCUUGCACUUUGGGAACCUUUAAUCGAACCAGUGGAAGUGACCAACAGUAAUAAACCAAAGUGGGUUCCUUGGGAACUCAAAUUGGAAGUUUCGAAAAACGAACCGGAAGAAGUCACAACACCUACCGAUUUCGAAUCGUUGGAAGGUGCUCCACAGCAAGCUAUGAUGUGUAUUGAUGUAUCUUCAGAUCAUAGUAUCGAAAUUGUUGUGACUAAGACGUGUCUCGAAGUGUUGAAUAAUCUAGGCAAGGCUUUUGCCACUGCUAUGAAACCGGGAGAGGUGAAAAUGCUUGAAACGAUGGCUGCGUUUAAAAUUGUCAACGAAUUGGGGAGUUCCGUUAGUGUGAAUUUGAAAAGAGGGUCGUUUGCAUUGUUUGGGGGUGAAGAACCGGAGGAAGUUAUUUUGGAAAGUGGAGCUGAAGCACAAUUACAGAAAAAAACAAUGGUACUUAGUUCACCUUCAAGACUUGGUUUACAAUUAACAACCGAGGCUCUCACUGUAAAAGAUUACUUUGUUAAUGUCAAAGUCAUUGAUAAGAAUUGCAACAUCGAUUUACCCGUAGUUCGGGCAGAUAAAAGAUUUUUCCCUUUGAAUUAUAGAGGAGAGGGAAAUGAUCACUGGGGACUUAUUUCGGAUGUUGCAGUCGAUGAAGGUGUGACUAUUAUUACGUUACGAAGUAUUUUAAAAGUUUACAAUCAUUUUAAUAUUCCAAUUGAAGUUUAUUACAUGACAGUAAGAGGCAAUGAGCUUGAAUCUAUCACAACGAUUCAGCCUGAUUCACACGUUAAUAUUCCGUUGAAAGCCGUGUAUACACCUACGAAUGAAUUAUUCUUCAGUGUUGAUAGUUAUUCAGUAACCACAACUCCUUAUGUGUGGAAAGACUUGCAAACCAACUUGACAGUCACUAAAACAUUACAUUGUCAACCUAAAGAAGUCGAACUAAGGAAUGAACCAUUCAUUAUCCAAGCUGUUGGUGAAAUGGAACAAGUUUAUUUCGAAAACACGUCAAAACAUACAAUGUCAAGUACUUGCUAUAAUAUUCAUUUAAGACCAGCUGUAGUUUUCAAAAAUUGUCUACCGAUUGAUAUCAUUUGUUGUAUUGAAAACACGGUUUCUGAAGUACCAGUCGAGCCUGGAAAAACACUUUUGUUACCUAAUGUCGAACCUGGGAAAUCCGCUUUAGUGAUUAGAUUGCCAUCUUAUUUGGAAAAAGAGUGGUCAUCUAGACAAGAACUUCACAGAGAUCCGAACGAAUUUUCCGUUUGGAACUUCACAAGUUACGAUAGUGCCGUCCAAAUGACUUUAGCUCUGGGAAUGCAUGUGGUUAUCGAUAAAGGUUCAGUCGUUAUGGCCCUUUAUUGUCCCUUCUGGAUGUUAAACAAAACCGGUCUCAUGUUGGCAUAUAGAAAAUCUAAAAAAAGCGACAAGAGUGAUUCGGGAGGAACGCCGAGCAAGAAUUCUGAAGAUUGCCUCAAUGUGUUACACCAUCCGGCUAAUUUCAAAGGUCCAAUUUUGUUUUCUUUCAACGCGAAGAAUUUCUUCGGUAAGAAGAAAGCGGCCGUGAGGGUCGAGCAAGGGGAUUGGUCGGAUAAAUUUUCGUUAGAUGUCGCAGGAUCAUCGGGGGUGGUCGUUUGCAAAUACCAGAAUAUGCUAUAUCAGAUUGGUGUACAAAAUCAAUUAACUUAUAAUGGACUCACUAAACAAGUGACUUUCACACCGUAUUAUGUCAUUAUUAAUAAUGCGUCUUUUACUAUUGAAUUUCAAGAAAAUGAUAGGCCAGCCGAUCCCUGGAUUUGUGUAGAGCCAAAAUCGUGUUCGGCUCUCUGGCCUAAAAGCGAAUUAGACGAUAAGUUGCUGAAAUUAAGGGUUAAAGGUACAGAAGAAGUUUCAGCAGCGUUUUUGUAUACUGAGAGUCAUACUUCGUUACUGAAACUGAAAAAUAAGUAUGGCGGCAUCAACGUGGACAUUCAAAUCUCCGAAGGCGCCAUCUACAUCAACCUCGCCCCUUAUGAUGGCCAUUCAGCCCCCGCCCUUAUCAUAAACCACACCAUCGACACUAUGAACUUUUGGGAAAAAGAAUCAGUCCAAAUUCGAAAACUUCCCUCCAAACACUGCAUGUUGUACACCUGGGAAAACCCCUCUGGUCCUCGCAUCCUAGUAUGGGAAGGUGCAAAUAAAAAAGAGCACAGUAACGACCUCCGUAAAGACGACAUGGGUGAAUAUACGAUAAGAGAAGGUUACCACAUUUAUUGGGUGUCAUUCCUGGACGGAAUGCAACGAAUUUUACUUUUCACUCAGGAUCAGUACGUGGCUCAAAAUGCCCGAGCCGCGAAUUUAUUCGAACAGUUUCAACAAGAAAUCUUAGUUUCGAUACAUGGAGUUGGUUUGUCGCUUGUUAAUAAUGUAACGAGACAAGAAUUAAUGUAUAUGGCGAUCGCAAGUUCUGGUAUAAUUUGGGAACAUUGCAAAAUGACUGGUCGGAGGUUCAAACCGUUUGGGAAUAAGCAAAGUUUAUUGUUGGAAACGGCCUAUCAGAGAUUUUUGCUGGAUAUGCAGGAAGGCCAUUCACCGAAAGUCGCGAUUGAUGCAAAAACUGAAGUUGAUUUUAAGAUGAAUGUCAUGACAAAACCGAACAAAAGACGGAUAAGGAGGACUUUCCAGACUGGGCUGUGGAUCCAAAUGAGGACAAGUCCAAGUCAAUUGCAAAUUCAUGCGAAAAUAAAUCGAUUACAACUUGAUAAUCAAAUGUAUGACUGCAUUUUCCCAGUGGUUUUAGCACCGGUUCCCCUACCAAAAAGUGUGGCUAUCGAUAGUGGUAUGAAGCCGUUCGCUGAGCUCAGUAUAGUCCAACUUUUGAUGAAAAAUACCCAAGUCAAACAAUUCAAAUAUUUCAAACUUUUGAUACAGGAGUUUCACAUUAAAGUCGAUCUAGGAUUCGUCAAUGCCCUUGUUGAUAUGUUGCAAUCAGCCGAAUAUUCAGAUACAGAGGAACAACAAUUGUUUUUGAAAGAUAUGAGUCUAGUUGACGAACCUCUCUAUUCGCACGUUUCGACCCAGUCGUUGCAAGAACAAAAAAGUUUCUACGAUUUGCUCCACUUUUCACCACUUAAAAUCCAUCUCAGUUUUUCAAUGGCGGCUGGAAAUUCAGCUGGACAAAGCAGUUCGACCCCUAAUUUCCUCAAUGUGUUACUCCAAGGUCUGGGAGUGACACUUACAGAUUUACAAGAUGUAGUCUUCCGAUUAGCCUAUUUUGAACGCGAGUAUACUUUCCUGACCCAGAAACAACUGAUGAGCGAAGCGACAAGUCACUAUGUGGGACAGUCAGUUAAACAACUUUACGUCCUAGUGUUAGGUUUGGACGUUUUGGGAAACCCCUAUGGUUUGGUCCGGGGAAUCACGCAAGGUGUUGAAGAUUUGUUCUACGAACCGUUCCAAGGUGCGAUUCAAGGUCCAGGCGAAUUCGCUGAAGGUUUGGUACUAGGAGUUCGGAGUUUGUUUGGACAUACGGUAGGUGGUGCUGCCGGUGCGGUUUCAAGAAUUACAGGAGCUAUGGGUAAAGGAAUCGCAGCUUUGACGUUUGAUGAAGAUUAUCAAAGGAAGCGGAGAGAUCAGAUUAACAAAAGACCGGCGACUGUACAAGAGGGGAUAGCUCGAAGCGGCAAAGGAUUGGUUAUGGGCGUGGUCGAUGGUGUUACUGGUGUCUUUACAAAACCGAUCAGUGGUGCCAAGGAGGAAGGAGUUGGGGGAUUUUUCAAAGGGUUGGGAAAGGGAGCAAUGGGGCUUAUCGCACGGCCUACUGCUGGCGUAGUAGAUUUCGCAAGUGGGUCACUAGAUGCCGUUAAAAGGGUGACUGAGGUUGGCGAAGACGCAAACCGAUUACGCCCUCCGCGAUUUUUACAGGGCGAUGGUUUGGUUAGACCGUACAACAAAUACGAAGCUCAGGGACAUAAAUUGUUGACCGAUUUAGAAAAAGGCAAAUACGCAACGACUGAUAUUUACGACAGUCAUUAUGUAAUAGUUGAAAAUCGCGACAUUCUGUUAUUGACAGAUAAACGUUUGGCUUUUAUUUCGCAUAAUGAUAUUUUCGGUGGGUGGCAAGUCGAGUGGUCUUACACGUGGCAGGAAAUUAGAAAUCCACCCAGUGUAGUGCCUAAAGGAGUCGCAAUUCCUACUUCUGAUAAAAAAAAGAAAUUAGGUUUGUUGGGGCAUAGUGAUAACGGGAAAAUUAUCUUGAUCGGAGACCCACAGAAAAAGGAAGAAAUUUGCGCGAAAAUUGAGUCGUUGAGAAGUCAUACUUAACUAGUUAGUUUUUAUUAUUUCACUAGUCAUAUGGACUGCCCCUUGUAAAAUCUUUUUUUAUUAAUCUUUAUGCAACGUAAUUUUCUGCAUGCAACAACUUUUUAAUUGUGCUUUAUUUCCGCUUUUUGCAUUGGUGAUGUAUUUUUGGGAAAAUUAAAUAACGUUUUUAUCAAAA